AUGUCGUCCCUCUUUCAUGUCAUUAUCCUUGCUCUGGGUCUCAGCAGUAGCAGUAGCAGCAGCAGCAGCAGCAGUGGCUCAAUCUGGCAACCCCAAGUAGCCGCAAGCUGGCAGAUCAUCCUCACGGACCCGAUCGACGUAAGCAGCCUCGAUAGCACGACGGAGAUCUACGACAUCGACCUCUGGAUCAAUGACGCGGCGACGAUUUCCGCCCUCCACGCCGCCAACCGUAAGGUAAUCUGCUACUUCUCAGCGGGCAGCUACGAGAACUACCGACCGGACAAGGACGCCUUCCAGCCCAGCGAUCUAGGUAGGGUGCUCGACGGCUGGCCGGACGAGCAAUGGCUGGACCUGCGCUCGGACAACGUCCGGCAGGUCAUCGCGACCCGCCUGGACCAAGCAAAGCAGAAAGGCUGCGACGGCGUCGACCCAGACAACGUGGACGGCUACGACAACGACAACGGGCUGGGGCUGACGCAGGCGGAUUCCGUUGAUUUUGUGAACUGGCUCGCCGCCGAGGCCCGCUCCCGCGGCCUCUCCAUCGGCCUUAAGAACGCCGGCUCCAUCAUCCCCCAGGUGAUUGAAAAUAUGCAGUGGUGCGUCAACGAGCAGUGCGCCGAGAUGGCCGAGUGUGAUACCUAUGUCCCCUUUGUGCAGCAGAAUAAGCCCGUCUUUCAUAUUGAGUAUCCUAAGGACGAUGGGGAUAGUGGGGCGGUGGCUGUCGCUGCUGCGAAGAAGACUAGUGCUUGCGAGUUUCAAGAUUCCGCGUUGUUUUCGACUGUCUUGAAGAAUAUGAAUCUUGAUGCGUGGGUCGAGUUGUGCUAGUUGUGGGUGUUCUUCCACGG